AUGUGCCAUAAAGAUAUUGUUGAGGUAACAGCAGAUCCAUUACCAACACUGGAUGAAAUCGCAAAUUCAGUACAGGAUGAUGCAGCAGGGGCUAUCAGUACCUUCUCUGGCACGACUAGGAACACAUUUAAGGGAAAAAAAGUUGUGAAAUUAGAGUAUGAAGCAUAUAUACCAAUGGCUGAAAAAGUAUUAAUGCAGCUUGUGCGAGAAGCGAGAAAUAAAUGGAAUUUGCAACACGUAGCUAUUUAUCAUAGAAUAGGUACUGUUCCUGUGGGGCAGACCAGCGUUGUGGUAGCGACAUCAUCAACCCAUAGAGCAGAUUCAAUGGAGGCAACGCGCCAUCUUAUUGAUCGUUUGAAAGAAAAAUGUCCUAUAUGGAAGAAGGAGGUGUAUGAGGAUGGUAGCGUGUGGAAAGGGCAAUGCCAUUAA